UCACAGUCUCCUGCCGGCUGGAGGAUGCCACCGCUGUUCCUGUUUUGCUGACGGUGGCCAGCAGCCAUCCUCUGCUCCCCCAGCAGCUCUCGAUAACCGUUUUGAUGUAUUGCUGGAUGGACGGGGCUCGCGCUGCCCUGCAGCCCUGCUGAUAUAAAAAUGCCUUUAAGAUCCUGCCUUUCCCAUCCUAAUCUACAAAGGAAACAGGAAAAAGGAACUUAAACUCCCUGUACUCAGACAGCAAUGAGACUGUUCCAGCCUGCUCCGCUGCGCCGGUUUCUUGCCCGUGACUUGUAAACACGCUGCGGCGUAGCAUGCUGGAGGAGAGUCGCUGGUAAACUCCUGCCCCAGGAAAAGGAUACUCCAUGAGUGGCUGCAAGAACUGCAUGGAUAUAUCCUGGAAAGCAUGGACCCUUUAGCACAUCUGGUUCUCUAUGGAUUCAGCCUGAUGAUUUCAGGUAAAGUGGAAGCAGCACUGGACCUCAUACUGAUCAACUCAUUCCCUCUGGUGGGCAACUCAGAGACAUCACUCAUCUGUAUUACUUCCAAGUGGCGCUCCCGUGAGUCCAUCACAAUUGACCGAGACCACGAGGAUGUGACAAACCAGCACCGAGAGCCGCUGGAAGUGAGUGAAGACUCAAAGAGAGCCACAGCCAAAACGGUGGUGUGGAAAAGGGAACAGGCCAGCGAGACUAUUGGAGCAUACUACUGUGAAGGCAAGCUCAAGGAUGAGGUGACGAGGAUACACACCAUGAAGAUGCCGCUGGGAGCUUCAUUCCACCCAGUGGCCUUAACUGUUACAGCAAACAAGGGAGAGCACGUGAAUAUUUCCUUCAUCAGAAUGGCAGCAAAAGAGGAAGAUGCAGUGAUCUACAAAAAUGGUUCCUUCAUUCACUCCGUGCCCAGGCACGAAGUGCCGGGUGAGCUGGAAGUCUCCUAUCCUCAUGUUCAACCACAGGAUGCAGGGGUUUACUCUGCCAGAUAUAUAGGAGGAAACCUUUUUACUUCUGCUUACACAAGGCUUAUUGUAAGACGAUGUGAAGCUCAGAAAUGGGGCCCUUCCUGUAGCUCCCACUGCCCUUCCUGCAUGAACAAUGGCAUUUGUCAUGAAGAUACUGGGGAAUGCAUCUGUCCUCCAGGUUUUAUGGGAAAAACAUGUGAGAAAGCUUGUGGAGCCAAUACAUUUGGCAAAACAUGUGAAGAGAGCUGCAAAGAAAACUAUGGCUGCAAAAACUAUAUGUUCUGUCUGCCAGAUCCAUAUGGUUGUUCUUGUGCCACAGGAUGGAUGGGACUGGAAUGUGAUAAAGAGUGCAAACCUGGUUUUUAUGGGUCAGAUUGCAAACUCAGAUGUAAUUGUCACAAUCGAGGGACGUGCGACAGAUUUAAGGGCUGCAUCUGCUCCCUUGGAUGGCAUGGUCUGCAAUGUGAAAAAGAAGGUUCAGCAGAUCUUUCACCUCAGAUAGAAAACUUACUAGACCCUGUGGAACUCAAUUCUGGUGUGGAGUUCAAGCCUUUUUGUAUAGCUACUGGAAUGCCACUUCCUAAAUCUGAAGAAUUUAAACUUUUGAAGCAAGAUGGAACUGUCCUAAGGCCUUCCUUAAUUGUCACCAGUAAUCGCUCAGAAGCUAUGUUUACAAUUAAUCGAGUCCAGCCCCGUGAUACAGGAACCUGGGUCUGCAGCGUGCAGACAGUAGCAGGAAUGGCAGAGAAACCGUUUCAAGUUACAGUUAAAGUUCCUCCUGUGCCACAGUAUGCCCCACGGCUGACAGACAGUGGACAUAAUUUUCUCAUUAUUGAUAUCAAUGCUGAGUUACAUCUUGGAGAUGGACCUGUUGUGUCAACAAAACUCCUUUACAAGCCAGCAAAGCGGUAUCAGUCCUGGAUGUCUGUAGAAGUAAAAGGCACAACCAAAAGACUGGACAAUCUGGAACCAAAAACAGAGUAUCAGUUCUGUGUUCAGCUGAGUCGGCAAGGGGAAGGUGGGGAAGGCCAUCCCGGACCACAGGCUAGCUUCACAACAGCUGCACUUGGUCUUCCUCCACCAGAAGGUCUCACACUCCUUCCAAAAAGCACAACAUCACUGAAUUUGUCAUGGCAUCCUUUAACGCUGAGGACAGAGGACGACAUUCGUGUUGAAGUGGAAAGGAAGAGCGUGAAUGACAAUGGUGACGAGAGCAGUGUUAUUACUCAAGUGCCAGGAAAUAUGUCCACGCUGAUCAUUAAAGAUCUUGAGCCCAGACAGCAAUACAUGUGCAGGGUACGGGUGAACACCAGGUCCCAAGGAGAAUGGAGCAACUACCUGUAUGCGUGGACUUUCAGUGACAGAAUCCCUCCUGCACCAUACAACAUCAAGUUUUCUAACAUCACUGACACAUCUUCAGUCAUCUCUUGGACAACUGCCGAGGGUCACUCCAUCUCCUCCAUCAUCAUCAGCUACAAAAUUUAUGGCAAGGCUGAGUACAACCACAUCGACAUUAUCAUUAAGAACACCACCAUUACUCAAUACCAUCUCAAGGGCCUUGAGCCAAACACUGUGUACCAGGUUCAGAUUAACGCUCAGAACAACAUCGGCUUGAGCAAUCCAAACACAUCCUUUGAACUGAAGACUCUUCCAGAAACUAAAGCUCCAUAUGAAUCCAAAGGAGGCAAAAUGCUGCUUAUUGCUAUCCUUGGCUCUGCAGGGAUGACCUGUGUAACUAUUCUCCUGGCCUUUCUCAUCAUGCUGCAGUUAAAGCGAGCCAACUUCCAGCGCAGAAUGGCUCAGGCUUUCCAAAAUGUGGUGAGGGAAGAGCCAGCUGUACAGUUUAACUCAGGUACUCUCACUCUGAGCAGAAAAGCCAAAAACAGCCCAGAUCCCACCAUUUAUCCAGUUCUUGAGUGGAAUGACAUCAAAUUUCAAGAUGUGAUCGGGGAAGGUAACUUUGGACAAGUCUUGAAAGCACGAAUUAAGAAGGAUGGCUUACGCAUGGAUGCUGCGAUUAAAAGGAUGAAAGAGUAUGCCUCAAAAGAUGACCACAGAGACUUUGCUGGAGAACUUGAAGUCCUUUGUAAACUUGGUCAUCAUCCCAACAUCAUAAAUCUUCUGGGAGCAUGUGAACAUCGGGGAUAUCUUUACCUUGCCAUUGAAUAUGCCCCCCACGGAAAUUUACUGGACUUCCUUCGGAAAAGCAGAGUGCUUGAGACAGAUCCAGCAUUUGCCAUUGCCAACAGUACCGCAUCUACACUUUCCUCUCAGCAACUUCUCCAUUUUGCAGCAGAUGUUGCCAGAGGGAUGGACUACCUGAGCCAGAAACAGUUUAUUCAUCGAGAUUUGGCUGCAAGAAACAUCUUGGUUGGAGAAAACUAUGUUGCAAAAAUAGCUGACUUUGGUUUAUCCAGAGGUCAAGAAGUUUAUGUUAAGAAGACCAUGGGACGGCUUCCAGUGAGAUGGAUGGCAAUUGAAUCUUUGAAUUACAGCGUUUAUACCACUAAUAGUGAUGUAUGGUCAUAUGGUGUCCUAUUAUGGGAAAUUGUUAGCUUAGGUGGAACACCAUAUUGUGGAAUGACAUGUGCAGAACUCUAUGAAAAAUUGCCUCAAGGGUACAGACUGGAAAAGCCUCUCAACUGUGAUGAUGAAGUGUAUGACCUAAUGAGACAGUGCUGGAGAGAGAAACCAUAUGAAAGACCAUCAUUUGCUCAGAUAUUGGUGUCACUGAACAGGAUGUUAGAAGAAAGAAAGACCUAUGUGAACACUACCCUAUACGAGAAGUUUACCUAUGCAGGCAUUGACUGCUCCGCUGAAGAAGCUGCUUAAGACAGAAGAAAUCUACAUCCACCAACGAUGUAUUAAAUAAAACCAAAACUCAAUCUGCUGGAGCCCAAAAUGUGAUGUGCUGUGUAGAAUCAUGUAUAGUUCUAACUGUAUAUAAUACAGUUAUACUGUUUUACUACAGAUAUCUAUGUGUAUAUCACACAGUAACCCCUGCCUCCACAGACUGUAGAAGUGUACAUACUGCUCUGAGUAGGAAUAGACUGAAGUCAUAAAAUCUGUUUCAUAUGCAGGGUAUUCUUCUUUUCUAGUCAUGUAGGUGAAGUGUAUACAUUACAAUUAUUGUAGUGAAUUACAUGUUGCCAUCUUAGACAUGUUUGAUACUUUUCAAGAGCUACUGAUAGCAAAGUCAGUAACUUACAGCAGUAUUUCAUAUACAUUUUAAUUGUGAUUCAAACAAGAAUGUUAUGUUCUAUGUGACAGUGGUAUUUGCAAGCAGAUGCCAAUCCAGUAUUGUCACCAAGAAUACUAAGGUUCCUAUUUGAAAGUAAAAGUAAGGUUGUAGAAAUAAUCUGUUCAAGAAUUCUGCUGAAUACACUUGGAAGAUAUAAGGAAUAAUAUUGCUUUUCCAGCGUCCAGUUUGACAGUAUUUGCCUAACUUCUAAAAACAGGCAUAUAUUUUGAAGUGUUUGAUGCUAUCUAAAGCAGCCAUACAGCAAUUAUCAUGAAGUGCAGGACUGAAGAACGUAAUACAUCAGCCUGGAUAUAAAUGAGGCUUUUUCAAUUUGUUUUUCAUUUGAUAAUUACCCUGCAUAAUUAAAAAUUACUACUUAUUAUGUACAAGCAGGAUUUACUUACUUUUUCUUAUUUUAUCUGUUACACAGGUUGUUGUAUGGUAUAGCCUCUUAGAAAUGCUUUACAAAAAUGCUUCAAAACUGUGGUAUCUGGUCUGCCUGAAAGAUCUUCCAGCCCUUAAGUGAGACAAACAGAGACAGGAUUGGCAUUACCUCCUGGCAUGAAGUCAGUCACUUGGGAUCCUGCAGACUUAUCUCAUCCAAACUUCACACAUCUGCUAAUUUCAUACUUUGCACAAAUGUUCCUCUUAUCCCCCAGGGACUCACCGGCUCAUAACUGCCUGUUGGAUCACGGUGACUUUCUAGCUGAGUGGAUCCCUUGCACCUGGAAGAGGCUAGAGAGAACAAAAUAGAAAGGUUUCCUUCUGAUGCUUACUUUGUAGGUGGCUUGGUUACAAGGCAGGGAUACCAGAGCAGAAUACAUACAUAACUGGCAUGUAUCAGUCCUGACUCAAAUAGACAAAGCACUAAAAGCCUCAUUAAAAGGGAGUCCAGCAGAAAACAAUGACACUGAGAUCAGGUGCACUGCCUUGAGAUUGGCAGAGUUUGCACUGUAAUUACAAGUGCUACAAGCUGAGUUUACAGAGAUUGCACAGACUCACUGGACUAAGGGAACCUCAGCAGAACUCUUCAAAAAUGGAAGAGAAGAAAAAUUCCAUGAAUUCCAGGUAUUUUUCAUAAAAGAUUACUUGGUAAGGCACCUUUGAAGUAUGGGGAUUGCAUUUGGCUGUCUGACCAGGUUUCUAUAGGUCUGCAAAAUGAACACGAAGGGACCUCCAUAGAUGCCCUGGCUGACAGGCAAUGCUAGCUAAUAACUUCUGGUAGAAGUUCUCCACUUUCUGUAAAGAAUUUUUCAUGUGUCCAAAACAGCUUGUUGUCCCACACGCCUGAGAAGCAGACACUACUGACUGUUCUACUACUUGAUGUAAGCCCAUUUUUCUGUGGCAAGCUUUUAUUUUAAGCAAUGUCAUGUAAGGAAAGAUCAGUCAUUCACCAGCCCAGUAGGUCUUAAAGCUGUCUGCAUUUUAAGUGUUGAAGUCCUCUGUAAAUUUAUCUGAAGGUCAUUUAAAUGUCUUUGUAAAUGUUCUUCGGAACCUCAGUUAACAUUGUGGUAACAUUGUGGUAUACAUAGACUUUCUGAUUUGCUCUAAUGAAAUUUAAAGAUUAUUUUUAAAUUGUCAUUUGAAAAUAUACAGAAGUAAUAAACUCAAUACACAGCUU